AACCAGGUGACGUCGAACCCACACUCACCAAUCAAUCCGCCUCUCCGCAAACCCGCGGGCCGCCGCCGCCGCCACCGCCGCCGCCGAUUCAUCGAGUGACGGAGAGAGGUGUUCGGAGUGAGGAGGAGAGAGAGAGAGAGAGAGAGAGAGGGGAUCUCUUCUUCUUCCUCGCGGCCGGCGCCGGCCAUGUCGUCGAUUGGGACGUCGAAGGGGGUCCUGGAGAUCGCCAAGUUCGGGGUGUACGUCUCCGUCCCCGUCGCGCUCACCUACCUCGUCGCCACCGACUCCAAGACCCUCAAGAAGCUCAUGGGCCUCCGUGAAUACGUGGUAUAUCCUCCCGAAGGUCCACGUCCACCACCUCCUGAAGAACUUCGUGAAAGGGCUCGCAAGAUAGCUCGAAAGAGGCAACAACAACAAUAAAUACAUGGACCAUGAUCACUUCGGACUCCCGCUAUUUGUGACGAAACCGUGAGUCCAAGAGGAAGCUCAGAAAAGUGAAGACCAGCUGACUGUUUUUAUCAAUAUGUGACUGUAUGAUCUUGUUGCUGUAAGAUUUGAAAUAAACCCAACUUAUGUAAAAUCUGUAAGAAACACAGUAGUAGCUUCAUCAAUAACUUCGUUCUGUUCCCCUGGUGAUUCAUGAAAUUUAGAGACCGGUUUCUUCUGAUGGUUCAUGAAAUUUCAGCUGCUCUGGCCUGUACACUACCAGAUCUUCUUUGUUAUUAUCUAGUGUGCCAUAAUAUACAAAGAAUGAUCUUUACAUUGAAAUAAAGUAUGGUUAUAUUUCUUUGUUAC